AUGCCAGUAAAGAACGAUAAGGGCUUCAUUACUGGGGAUGUAGAUGCCGCUGCUUUUGUAGCCCCUGCCACGAUACUUUACGUGCUUACCAAGCCUUAUUACGGGGGUUAUGACAAAGUGAAAGGCCAAUGGCUUUACGACGUGGUUUGCAACACACCGGAACGGCUUUUAUUCCACGAGCUUGGCCAUGGGUGGUCUGCAUUUGGUGAAUUCACAACCGCUGACUAUAAUUAUGGAUGGAAUGACGUUGUCCUGCGUGCUCAAACACAGGCGGUCAACAAUAAUGUCAACGACUAUCUGCCGCUUAAGAACGCUGAUACUUUUGCACUCUGGGCCGGUGGUGAGUACUAA